GCACCGAUAGCUUAGAGGUGUCACGGACAAGCUGAAUAAACUGCUGCAAAAGAAAGGAAGGAACUUCGAUGCAGGAUGCAUUCACCGUAUUUCGCAUUUGCCAAAAGAUUUGUAAACAUUUCCGCUUUCAAUAUUUAAUUUACGACGCCAAAGUGGUGAAUGCGUGGCGAUUUCUACACAGUAAUAAACUCAUACAUCCGUAGCGGAAGAGUGAUAGAAAGUGGGAAGAAAAACAACAACAAACAGUGAACAAUCUUCGAUCUUUGGCUCUGCUUCACGCUCAUGAUUGAGGUGCAAAACGGCGGCGAUAAUAGGCUAUCUCACAUUACAUUCUGGUGUGUUUAGUACGUUUAGUAUCAGAAAGUGCCCAAUAAAAUCUGCUGAUAUUCGUCGCUAAUUGACUACAAGUUGGUUCGUGAGCGACGCAAGCGAUAGUCUGAAAGAACAAAACGUGACUGUGAUAAUGUGCUGUUGAACAUUUUUCUGCUUUUGUAUUCGGACCAUCUUGCAACUUGUGAUAGCCAAAAUAGUAAUUCACAAUGCCAACUUCAGCCCCAGUUCAGUCGCCAAUUUCAUUGAGCCAACGAUCAACCAACUUCAAGGAUUGUUUACAUCCUUUAGAAUAUUUUGGCCACUGGGAUGGUAAAGGGCGCGCGAAAAUCGUCAACAAUGGAGCUUCUGCAAUGAUAACAUUCACGGAUCGACCCUAUCAACCGUUUAUAAUUGGAGGUCCACUAGAAGGAAAGUACAUCUUUGAACAGUUGCAUUUUCACUGGGGCGUCGAGGAUGAUUCCGGUUGUGAACAUAUUUUAGAAGGAAACAGUUAUUCCAUGGAAGCCCAUGCUGUACACUACAAUGCACGUUAUGGUAGCUUCCAGGAAGCGGUGGACAAACCUGAUGGUCUAGCAGUGACAGGUUUCUUUGUGCACGCAUACGGAGAUACCGACUGUCCAGAGUUCGAUAAAAUCGUCAACGGAAUAAAAUAUAUCAAGAAACCUAAUUCUGAAGUAGAUAUCGAUGCAGAUUGCCUCUCUUGGAUGGGACUGCAAGAUCUCAGCCGGCACUAUUAUACCUACAAAGGCUCUCUAACAACGCCACCCUACUACGAAAGCGUAACCUGGAUUGUAUACAAAACGCCAGUGUACGUAUCACGAUUACAGAUAGCGGCAUUCCGGGAGCUACAAUCUUGCCCUAAAGAUUCCAACAAGAAAAUAGUUAACAAUUAUCGCGAAGUACAGGUACCGAAGGAACAUCCGGAGAUCAUCUUCGUGCGAAACAGCGGUGGACGCAUGCGCUCAAAGCUAUAAACUGCAAAAUCAAUGCGAAUGCCUUUUUGUACAACAGUUUUGUAAUAAUGUUUUGGUAUGCACCAAAUAAAAAUGUUUUUAA